AUGGGUUCCUCCGAUAAUUCGUCGACGACGAAUGCGCCAACGACCCCUUCCCUCCCGGCGGACUUCUCGACAACGCCGCACGUUGUCGACUUGAGCGCGGUGCCGAUUUUCAACGGGGAGCAUUUCUCCUCGUGGCGUUUCAAGCUCAAGGUGUAUAUGAUGGAGCGCGACUUGUGGGGCUUCUUCGAUGGGUCGGCAUCGAAGCCCACGUCGGACGCUUCAACCGCGGAGAAGGAAGCGUGGGUGUGUAAGGACAAAAAGGCGUUUGCCUUUCUUGUCUCCAAGCUAAGCCUCCAACUCGUCCCGAUUGUGAGUCCGUGCAUCGACCGUGACGGCGCGACUCGUGAAGCGUGGAAGCGACUCGAAGGAGAGCACGUCUCCAAGUCGCUUCAUAGCAAGCUUCAAGCGCGCCUCGACUUCUUCACGGUGCGGAUGAGGGACGGCGAGUCAAUGCGCGCGUACGUCAACCGCGUGGAGGAGCUUGGCGAGCGCUUGGUGGAACUCGACGCGAGCGUGGAGGACAACGAUUGGAUCAUGACGCUCCUCGCGGGCCUCGGUGAAGCGUGGUCAACCGUGAUCACGAUGUUGGAUGGGACGCAAGACACGUGGAAGAAGGAGCAAGUGGUGGCACGCCUCAUCAACGAAGAGGCGAGGCGCACGAAAUUGCAUGGCGAUGCAAUUGGCGCGGCACACUUCUCUCGCGAUGCGAAGGCGAAAGGGACGAGUCACUUCAAGCGGCGCAACGACGGCAACAACCGCGGGAGCUCGAGCGGGAGCGCGGUGGCCUCAAGCUCAUCACGAGGAGGACCGGCCAACGCCAAUCGAGCUCGGACGCGCGACGGAGCUUGUCGUUUUUGCAAGAAGACCGGACAUUGGUGGCGCGAAUGUCCCGUCAAGCCGGCAAAUUGGAAGCCGUCAAGCGACGACAACCGGCGUGCGCAUGUGGCGACAUGCGACAACAACGACCGGGAGUUCGUAUUCGUCGCAAGUGGAACGAGCGUCGGUGGUGUUGACGCGUGGAUACUCGAUACGGGUGCUACUCAACACAUGACGGCGUGUGCGACGCUUCUCAACAACGUGACAACGGAGGCUCCCGUUAAGCGCGUGAUGUUCGGCAACCGUGACACGUUGGACGUCACGGGACAAGGCGACUUGCGGCUCAUGGUGGACGGCGGUCCACUCACCAUCAAGAACGUCUUGGUGGUUCCCGGGCUCGGCGCCAACCUCCUCUCCGUUUCUCAACUCACACGCAAGGGGAUGCGUGUGAACAUCGAAGGGACCAUGAUGGCGUUGAGCGCGGCGGAUGGCGUACACAUCGGCACGGCACGCCAAACGGGAGGACUCUUCAUGCUCGAUGCCCUCCCAAGUGUGGCGACGGCUCAAGCUGUCAGAAUGUUAUUUGUCUAG